UCUAAACUCUGCUGGGCAUCGUUUCGCGUCAAAACAUUGCGUCUCUGCAGGACUCGUCAGGGCCGGAGACACAGAAAAGAGGAAAUUUGCCUGGGAAGGAAUGCGAAAAGGGGUUUAGUUCUGGCACUACCAUAAGGAAACCCGAGGAGGUGCGACAUUUUCUAGGCUACGUGGAAAACAGUUUUUCUUCCCUUCAAAGGUGUUCGCCUCCCAACCCACCGCCCACCACGGCCCUCACCUGUGUGUUGCGGUGCUUCCCUUGUGAGCCGACCUGGGCUGGCAGUCCCUUCUUGCACCGCCCGCCAACUCCGCCCAUGGUCAGAAUGACGCGCUCCAAGACCUUUCAGGCGUACCUGCCGAGCUGCCACCGAACCUACAGCUGCAUCCACUGCCGAGCUCACCUGGCCAACCACGACGAGCUCAUCUCCAAGUCGUUCCAGGGCAGCCAGGGGAGAGCCUACCUGUUCAACUCAGUGGUGAACGUCGGGUGUGGCCCAGCAGAGGAGAGAGUAUUGCUCACAGGCCUGCAUGCUGUAGCAGAUAUCUACUGUGAGAACUGCAAGACGACCCUGGGCUGGAAAUAUGAACACGCCUUCGAGAGCAGUCAGAAGUACAAAGAGGGCAAGUUCAUCAUCGAGCUGGCCCACAUGAUCAAGGACAAUGGCUGGGACUGAGGGAUGAACAGCCGGGACACAACCACAGCAGAGGGGAGAGGGGAGGGGGGGACUGGGUGACUGGAUGGACUGACAAAUGGAUGGAUGAUGGGAGGGCGGGAGGGAGGGGGUCAUGCGUGGUGGGUGAGUGUGUGACUUUGGUUUGGCUUAUUUACCAUUAACCUCUGCAACUCUCUGCCCAUCCCUCCCAACCCCGCCUACACACACAUACACUCGUAUAUAUCUAGGCACCAGACAUCCCAGCUUGAAUGAGAGACGGACGAUGCAGGCUUGUGCGCAGCUAGCAGGACUAGGUGACUGGCCAGCAAGACAAGAUCUCUCAUUUUCUGCUUCCUUAUUUACCCCUCUACUGUAACAUGAUCUGAUUGCUUUAAAAAAUGUGGCAACACUCCUUCUAUAGCUGCUAGGAACCAUUCAGAAGACAUUAAGCCAGAAAGAGGCCAGUGGGGCCAGUCUGACAGGGUUCAUUGGCCUUGGUUAAAGAGCUGCGGAGCAUUCACUCUGUCACCAGCCUGAAUGAGAUGACCUAAGAUGAUUAUAGCAAAUCCAGCUGAUCGGGGCCAUGCCAGCUGGGCCAGUGAUGAGGCCUGGCGCUGAGCCUUGGCACUGAGGCUCGAGCACAUGGGUGUUGGGUUGUGGCGAGGAAGAGGUGGGGUGGGGGGGUUGCAGGGAUUGCCGCCCACCAGGCCACUCACUCAACAUUGCAGGGGGAGGAAGAUUCUGAUCCAGUUAUGCAGUGGCUUUGAUGGCUUUUGGCUUGGAUCCACUCUGUGCCUUGCCAGCAAUGCAGCUCAUGACAGGGCAGGGUGGGCCGAGAGUGAAAGAGACACAGGCAGGCAGCCACCAGCUCGUCCUAAAAUCUCAUGGGAAUUUGCCCUCACAGCAGCAAAGAAACUCCCCUGGGUUUUUAUUCAUCCUUUGGUACAACAAACCGUAUACCGUACUCUGCGGAUCCGUCCUGUGUAUGUCUGGUUUUUGGAGGGAUGCAUCGCUGCAUCCACCUUUGUUACUUGGCCAAAUAGUUACACAACCCAGAUGAACAACUUAAGCUGGGUUUCCCAAAGGUUCAUGAGCACUGUGAGCAUCUCUCAGCUCUUGUAGGUUGAUUGGUGAAGGUGAAGAAGUUCUACAGGUACAGCAGGGCAGCUAAAGAUCAGUCAGAAACUAAAAUAGUGCUAUCCUGCUUUCAUUCAAAUGAAAGUUUGAUUUUGGGGUAGAAUGAAAUAUGGCCAAUGCAUGACUUGUUUCAUGGGCCUAGGGAAAAAACUUAUGAUAUAAAAAAAAUUCCCAAAACAUUAGUUAUUCUUUUUACUGACUUCAUGAGGUAUUUACACAAAUGCAGAGGCAUUAAACUACACGUAUGAAAGUUUAAAUUGAUCACUCUUAGGCUCUCCUUCAGUCUGGGAUGAGUGCUGUUUAACUGCUGUUACACUGAACUUCACCAACUGGCUCUCACACAGCGACUAUCUGAGACAUUUCACUCAACAGAUAGACUUCUAUUUUUCUUUAAUGCACCAACAUAUUUUCUUCUUAGGGUUAGCCCCAGUUUUAAAACCUUCCCUUUUUUAAUUUUGUGCUUACUUGAGUUCACUAACUUUAUUUUUCACUGUGCAUCAUGGGCCUUAAAGUUAUAACACCUGGAUUAUAUUUGGGGUUUCAAUAGUGCUGCUCAGGAACAUUGAUGCUAACUUUUCUUUGCUAAGGCCAGGAUCGCUCUUAACGCGCUGGAUGUGUCAGUCUUGGAAAUGUAUUAUUUUCAAUUGAGAGACUGUGUCACAGCUGCCUCCAUCCCGUGGUAAUGCGAUUUUUAAUGCAUGCACAAAGUAAAAACAAGUGUUCGGACCAGUUUUGUGCUCGGUCCUCAUCACGUUUUAUGUGAAAGGAACAUUUUGUGUGUAUUAGAGUUGCGAUGAAGUCUUGUGCUGUAAAAUAACAUCUAAUCUCAGUCCAUUCGGCAUGUGAGAUCUUUCUAGGAUGGCACCAAAGCAUUACAGAUUAAAUGUGAUCCUGGUUUAGAAAAGUCAAAUUAGUUGUCCUGUUUUUUCACACAUAGUUUCCUGUUGUGACAAACAUUUAUUCGGCGAGUCCUCUCCAACACCUUCCACUUAGAACCAAACCUAAACAAACUCCUCUCUACAGCAGCAGACUGCUCAGAUGGAGGCUGCCACAUUAAACCCAGCACAACCAAAGAACCCACCCAUCAACAAUAAAUUGACCAAACAAAAAACCUUAUUUUGCUUGGGCAAAGUGUUGCUAAACAUGGGGGUGUGUAUAGCUGAAAGCCAAGGUUGUGGAUAGCCUUUCUCUGUGAUAUAAUGCAUUAUUAUUUUGUAAACAGGAGAUCUUAAUAUAUGAGUAUAUUCUAUUUACUGUAUUCACCAUGAGGAUUACCGUUCAUGUCAACCUCUGUGUUACAGGCUGUAAAUAGUGUUAAUGUAUUGUGUUUUAUCUUAUCCAUAUGAUGAUGAAUGAAUAUGAUUUCGGUCAUGUCAUGCUUUCUCUCUGGUACCACACAUUGGCUGUACGAUACUACUUUUUUACUGAAAAUGUUUCGAUUUUAAUGUCUUUUGUAAAGGAGGAUGCUGAUGUUGACUAUAUAUCAUUGGAUCUUCAUCUAAUAAAAUGCACCUUGAUAACUGUA